CUCCAACCGUUCACUGAAUCCAGUGCUGCGGGGCCGCGGGGAGGAGGAGCGGGACGCCAGACUUUGCCUCGGCAGCGUUAAAUCUUUGACCUCAUGCCAAGUGUCUCUCAGGGACUCUCAGCCUGCUCUCCCUCUGCGGCCUCCUCCUUUGUGCUGACCAACUUUUGCACUUGGACAACCAAGAACCAUGGCCCAGCAACAGCAGAUUAGCCUCCCAGCCAAACUGAUCAAUGGAGGGAUUGCAGGCAUGGUAGGAGUCACCUGUGUGUUUCCAAUUGACCUGGCCAAGACCCGCUUGCAGAACCAGCGCAGCGGGCAGCAACUCUACAAGAACAUGAUGGAUUGCCUGAUAAAGACAGUCAAAUCUGAAGGCUACUUUGGCAUGUAUAGAGGUGCUGCAGUAAAUCUCACCCUCGUAACCCCAGAGAAGGCCAUCAAGCUAGCUGCUAAUGACUUCUUCCGCCACCAGUUGAGCAAGGAUGGUAGCAGGUUAACAGUGUUCAAGGAGAUGUUGGCAGGAUGCUGUGCAGGAAUGUGCCAGGUCAUUGUCACCACACCCAUGGAGAUGCUCAAGAUCCAGCUGCAGGAUGCUGGCAGGCUAGCGGCCCAGCAGAGGGUGAUGCCUAGUGUGGUAACGACUCUGAAGAUAGCGGGGACCAGUGCUGUUCUUAGCCGUUCUUACAACACCACCCCUGCGCCUCAAGUCAUACGAGUGUCUGCCACACAGAUCACUAGAGACCUGCUGAGGACCAACGGAGUCACGGGACUGUACAGGGGACUCGGGGCCACAUUGAUGAGGGACAUCCCGUUCUCCGUUGUGUACUUCCCUCUUUUCGCACAUCUCCACCAGCUCGGUCAGCAUUCAUCUGAAGACCCAUCUGUACCCUUCUAUUGGUCCUUCAUGUCUGGCUGCUUGGCUGGUUGUGUCGCUGCAGUGACUGUCAGCCCUUGUGACGUGAUCAAAACAAGGCUACAAUCACUCAAAAAAGGAGCUAAUGAGGAAACCUACAAUGGAGUGGUGGACUGUGUCAGAAAGAUCCUGAGAAAGGAGGGGCCUGGAGCGUUCCUCAAGGGGGCCAGUUGCCGGGCCCUGGUAAUUGCUCCACUCUUUGGCAUUGCCCAGGUUGUGUACUUUGUAGGAGUUGGAGAGUUCCUGCUCGGGUACACGCCCUACAACAUCUACUCUGCAUAAACAAGCUGUUUCCUAGUCUUUCUGCCGCCUCAUUAAAUUACAGGCAGCUAUGGACCCAGCUCUCUAUUACUGUGUACCUCUUUAUUGUUGGAGGUUUCAGAGUAAAACGCUAAAGGGACCAAAGAGAUGCCAUUUUAUUUCGAAAUGGUUUCAAAUUAUGCCUUUAGCAUGACUCUCUCCUAUUUAGAGAUGGAGAUUGAAAUGUACCUGUCCGUAUGGACUUCAGUGGAGCUUAUGGCAAGAAAAGACUAGCCUCCCUCACUGAGUGACUUGAUAGUCUAACAUUGGUCAUCAUUUCACCCAUAUCAGACUUGAUUUUUACUCCUGUGGCACCAAACCUAUCCCUGUUUCCUUAGGUCAAGCCCUACCCCUAAAUGUACCCCGUAUCACUUACCCGUCACAGUAAUUCUAACCUGCAUAUCUCUCCAACUGUGCCAUCUUGGGAUUCACUGUAUGUGAUGGCUGUUACACGGUGUUGCAAAAGAGACCUGAGUUUGCCAAGGAGCACCAAGUAACAACCGCAGAAUCUUGAAACUUUACUUGAAUAGCUUCAAUCCUGUUUUAAAGGGUUAGAUGUGAGACUGGGCCAUGGAUGUUGAUCCUGGUCUAUGUACAUAGUGUAUUUGUUUUAAAAGUAUAUAUAAUUUGGUAAAUAACCUCUAUCACAAAAUGAUUGCCACAUGCUGUUCUCCAAACAACUUUGCCGGGAAGAGACCUGAUAGCUUAUAACGAAGCAUUUGGACUGCCUCCUAUCCACUGGUAUGCCAUACAGGGAUUCUGUGUUGCAUUACUGUGUGUUACCAGGAGUGGUUUCUGUGCCUCUAAAUAGUGCUCUUUAAAUAGUUGCUCACAAGACAACAGCUUUCCAUAGAAGCUUUCUGGUGUUUGUUCUGGCAAAUAAUUGUGGUUGAGGUGUUUGGGGUUUUUACUGGGCACUGUGAAUCAGUCUGUGGCAGCCUACACAACUCUGACUAUGUAACUUGUAGGCUUAAACUCUGCAGCUAAAUAGCUAAAUAAGGCCUUCUGCAGUUGACUUUGGAGAGCAGCUUUUUAUGGUGGUAAACUAGAGUUAUGGUGGACAAGACUUUUGGGACCAAGUCGUCUGGGGAAAAAAGAAAGUGCAACAUGACCUACAUGUAGCCCCUUUCUCUGUGUUGACUGUGGUUGUCUGUGACUGGUCAGGUUUUCUUGUCAGUUAGAGACAGAAGAACUCACACACUUGUAUCAUGUAAGGCAUUUAGAAGCAGAAGAGAGUCCGUUGUUUAGCUGCACUCUUUCUUCUGGAAAAUUUAAAUAUAUAAAUGUAAAUGUGGCCUGUAUUUUUCAAAUUUUCUCAAACUCUAAGUUAAAUUCAAAUUAAGGACAGUUGGAGAAUUUUUCAACCAGUUGAGAGGAUAAUUAUUUAUUUACGUUCAUUUUAGAAUUACGCAUGUAAAUACAGAUUUCUA